AUGUGGAAUCAAGGUUUCUGCUGUUUUUGUGGUACGCGGAAUUUUAGUGAUUUACCUCCAGAAGCAAUAGCCGGCCGUCAGCUGAUUGCUGAAGCAGCGCAUAUGUACCACUACUUCGGCGCCGCCGCCACAAAUAUCGAUGUGAUUUCGAGGAAUGCGGAAACCUAUGCUAAUAAUACGUCAUAUUCGGGCUAUAGGCUCCUGAAUUCCACCCCAUAUUACCAUCGCUGGAACGCUGAUCCGCUCUGGUACGACCAAAUUCGAUAUUUUGCCCUUCACAAGUCGUACCAACAUUAUUUUUUCUGGGUCUCCGGCGCCAUAAACUUUCCGCACUACCGGGAUACAACACACCAAAUUGUGGCCGAGCAGAAACUGGUCGCCUGGGAGCUUUUCGGCAAUUUCUUGCACGUGGGUGAACGUAUGCUACAAGCAUACAACACUUUUCGAAAAGCCGCCCUUGCCACGAUCAAGGAGCACCUCUAUCCGACAUGCGACAGCACAAAUUGCGGGCUGGCUUUUGUGUUCUCGGGUCAUUCCAUCGGAAAUUGUAUUUCCCAAAUGUUGGCCCUAGAGGUCAUCCACCUCAAAAUCUAUCCUCGAGACGCCGUCAAGUUCUUUGGCUAUGCGGCGCCGAGAUGCGGGGAUGAGAACUUCGCCGCCGUUUUCAAUCGUCUGGUCAAGUCGGCUUAUCGCUAUCAAUGGGGCAACGACGCGUUAACGGAUAUUCCGAAAAACAAAUGUUUGAAAAAGAAGGGCCAGGAUCCGGUGUUUAACAUUAACCCAACAGGCUGUUAUUUCCAUGCGGCGAAGCUUCUUGUCGGUCGGCUAAACCGCGACAACUGGACUGAAAUUGAUCGUGACUUUGACGCAACUGACGGCAUAGACUUGUCCAACUAUGACAAACAUCGAGAUGCUACGAUUCGGUUCGAGGGCAACACGGAUCUUGGGUUUUAUGAUGAGCCGAUGUGUGAGUUUGUGCCACCGCAACUAUGGAAUUCACGAGUCCGC